AUGGCCGCCGCGGCAUCCAACCUUAACAACCCCAGGUAUGGCUAUGACUUUGUCGUUGCCACUACACAGGACAGCAUCAAUGCUACCAUGAAGAAGUACCUCGACAGUCUUGAUGACUCUGACACAUACAUCAUCUUUGUCAGAAACGCCAAGAAAGAGACCGUCCAGAUCAGUCUGGACGAACUCAAGAAAGCCUCUAAAGGAGUUGAUCCUUUCACCCUCCCUGCCGAUGAGGAUACCACUGGCGAGAAUAUCCUGGCCCUUCAAAAGGCCAGAUUCAUUGCUGGUAUCAAGGUGACUCUUGGUUUGCCACAAAACUAUGACGAUCCUCGAACACUGCCCCCUAUCAUCGAUCUUACGCAGGGUGCUGGCUCCGUCGGGUACAACAUGCUGUGCGCAGAUAUCAAAAUUUGCCAGCUCGCCUUUACCCUUGACGGCCCGGAGUGGACAACACUUUCCCAGAACGACGAGCCCAACAGGGCUUGGAUCUUCAGAUCGCAUGUUGACCUCAUGCUGGAUUCUGCAAAGUUUGAUAAGCUUCCGCAGAACGUCAAAGAUGGUAUCAAGAACCUCGACGGUGCAAUGUUCGAUGUGCAGCAGCUCCUUUUCGACCUGAACUAUGCUGGGUUGCAGACUGUUCCCUCUGUCGACGGGCUUGAUUCUGCCUCGGAUGCCAAUAUAUUUUUGACCAAGUACUUUGUCAAUGCUUACUUUGGUCACAUGCAGGCACAAGGUCAGCCUGUACUCAACUACACGGUUCGUCACAAGCCUCAAAAUGCAACCAUGAAGCCGACGGACCUGAACUUCCACGUCAGUCCCUUGGUUGGUCAGCUGGACCCUGGUCUGAGGACCUUGAACUAUCUGUGUGCCACAGAUGGUCAUAAACUACCUCCUGCUGUGGACUUUACCUGGGACUGGCUCAACGGGCAGGACGCCACCCAAUUCAACGGAAUCAUCAGCAUCAACCGUGAUACCUUUGCCAACUAUCUCAUGGGGCAAGUCUACCCCAUUGCAAAGGCCGACUGUUUUAUCCCCUAUUCCAAGGCAUACCCAGACGGACUGAGCAUCAAGUUCAACGCCUAUCCCAAUGGCACCCCCGACGACUCUCAGAUAACGCAUGUAGUCAACCCGAAUGGUGACAAAGUCAUCAGCAUCUCCUACUCUGCUGAGAGCUGGGAUUACGCCGGCCUGGACGGUGCCCUCGGCCAUACUGGACUAAAGCAGACAUACACCAAAGAUGUUACCGUUAGUGGAAACACGGUCACUAUAGUCACUCACAUGGUGGUGCUUCUUAGCAUUAAGGUUUUGCAAACCAAGAAUGAAGCCAACAUCACCGACAAGACCAUCACUGAUAAAUUCGAGUUGGCGGUCGACCAGUUUGGCCAGCUGACGACCAAUUACACAACAGAUACUCAAGACAACUCCAAGAGCGACUCUGCCAACUGGUUCAGCGAUUUGUUUACUGGUGUAAAUGACAUCUUUGACGGUCUCAAGAGCAGGGACUUCAAGACCCAGAAUCUGCAGGGUCACCCUAUUGAGGCCUUCCAGAACUUCAUGUUCCCUGGUGGUGACACCUUUGCAUUCAAGCAGUUCCGGUUCUCUCAGUACCAGGAUCUGCUUGCUGCUAUCACCUAUGCGGAUCCCUCACAGUAG